UGUUUCAGAGAUGCUCGGUCAGCGACAGUGUUUUCAGAGAUGCUCGGUCAGCGACAGUGUUUCAGAGAUGCUCGGUCAGCGACAGUGUUUCAGAGAUGCUCGGUCAGCGACAGUGUUUUCAGAGAUGCUCGGUCAGCGACAGUGUUUCAGAGAUGCUCGGUCAGCGACAGUGUUUUCAGAGAUGCUCGGUCAGCGACAGUGUUUCAGAGAUGCUCGGUCAGCGACAGUGUUUCAGAGAUGCUCGGUCAGCGACAGUGUUUCAGAGAUGCUCGGUCAGCGACAGUGUUUCAGAGAGGCUCGGUCAGCGACAGUGUUUCAGAGAUGCUCGGUCAGCGACAGUGUUUCAGAGAUGCUCGGUCAGCGACAGUGUUUCAGAGAUGCUCGGUCAGCGACAGUGUUUCAGAGAUGCUCGGUCAGCGACAGUGUUUUCAGAGAUGCUCGGUCAGCGACAGUGUUUCAGAGAUGCUCGGUCAGCGACAGUGUUUCAGAGAUGCUCGGUCAGCGACAGUGUUUUCAGAGAUGCUCGGUCAGCGACAGUGUUUCAGAGAUGCUCGGUCAGCGACAGUGUUUCAGAGAUGCUCGGUCAGCGACAGUGUUUUCAGAGAUGCUCGGUCAGCGACAGUGUUUCAGAGAUGCUCGGUCAGCGACAGUGUUUCAGAGAUGCUCGGUCAGCGACAGUGUUUCAGAGAUGCUCGGUCAGCGACAGUGUUUCAGAGAUGCUCGGUCAGCGACAGUGUUUCAGAGAUGCUCGGUCAGCGACAGUGUUUCAGAGAUGCUCGGUCAGCGACAGUGUUUCAGAGAUGCUCGGUCAGCGACAGUGUUUCAGAGAUGCUCGGUCAGCGACAGUGUUUCAGAGAUGCUCGGUCAGCGACAGUGUUUCAGAGAUGCUCGGUCAGCGACAGUGUUUUCAGAGGUGCUGUGGCGUUCAAACGUUGUUCAACUGGUAUCAAGGGUCAAUAGCGAAAAACGAGUUUUAAUGACUCCAACCUAUCCAGAACAGCCUGAAUUAUUCGGGGCAUGAACACGUUGUUCAACUGGUAUCAAGGGUCAUUAGCGUGCGCCAGGAAAACAUCCCACUCACCAUUCCACCACAGCCACCAGCCUGUACCGUCGACACCAGGCAGGACGGGACCAAAUCUGGACUCUGCCGUCAGCAUCAAGCAACAGGAACCAUUCCACCACAGACACCAGGCAGGACGGGACCAAAUCUGGACUCUGCCGACAGCAUCAAGCAACAGGAACCAUUCCACCACAGACACCAGGCAGGACGGGACCAAAUCUGGACUCUGCCGACAGCAUCAAGCAACAGGAACCAUUCCACCACAGACACCAGGCAGGACGGGGCCAAAUCUGGACUCUGCCGACAGCAUCAAGCAACAGGAACCAUUCCACCACAGACACCAGGCAGGACGGGACCAAAUCUGGACUCUGCCGACAGCAUCAAGCAACAGGAACCAUUCCACCACAGACACCAGGCAGGACGGGACCAAAUCUGGACUCUGCCGACAGCAUCAAGCAACAGGAACCAUUCCACCACAGACACCAGGCAGGACGGGACCAAAUCUGGACUCUGCCGACAGCAUCAAGCAACAGGAACCAUUCCACCACAGACACCAGGCAGGACUGGGCCAAAUCUGGACUCUGCCGACAGCAUCAAGCAACAGGAACCAUUCCACCACAGACACCAGGCAGGACUGGGCCAAAUCUGGACUCUGCCGACAGCAUCAAGCAACAGGAACCAUUCCACCACAGACACCAGGCAGGACUGGGCCAAAUCUGGACUCUGCCGACAGCAUCAAGCAACAGGAACCAUUCCACCACAGACACCAGGCAGGACGGGACCAAAUCUGGACUCUGCCGACAGCAUCAAGCAACAGGAACCAUUCCACCACAGACACCAGGCAGGACGGGGCCAAAUCUGGACUCUGCCGACAGCAUCAAGCAACAGGAACCAUUCCACCACAGACACCAGGCAGGACGGGGCCAAAUCUGGACUCUGCCGACAGCAUCAAGCAACAGGAACCAUUCCACCACAGACACCAGGCAGGACGGGGCCAAAUCUGGACUCUGCCGACAGCAUCAAGCAACAGGAACCAUUCCACCACAGACACCAGG